AUGGCAAGGGCUGGGUAUGAUAAUAUUGACGUGAUAGCUUGCACCGCAAGAAAUAUUCUCGUCUCAAACUGCCCCGAGGUUGUGGACGAUGCUACGGCCGACACCGCUGUAUUUCUGAUCCUGGCUGCUCUAAGAGGCCUCAACAACGGCAUUAUGUCCAUACGUAAUAGGACUUGGACGGGCCACGUACCUCCAGGGCCUCUUGGCCAUGAUCCCGAAGGCAAAACUCUUGGUAUUCUGGGUCUCGGCGGCAUUGGCAUCAAUCUGAAGAAAAAGAUGGAAAUGUUUGGGAUGAAGGUUAUCUAUCAUAACAGAUCAGCUUCUGUUUUGUGUAACGGUGCCGAGUACGUCACUUUUGACGAGCUGCUUGCAAAGAGCGACGUAUUGAGUCUAAAUCUACCACUGAAUGCCAAUACCCGAAACAUUAUCUCAACCGGAGAAUUUGAAAAGAUGAAGGAUGGCAUCGUCAUUGUCAAUACGGCACGAGGCGGCGUUCUGGAUGAAGAGGCCCUGGUUAAAGCCUUGGAUUCUGGCAAAGUUCUCUCCGCAGGGCUCGAUGUCUACCAAAGCGAGCCUGACAUCCACCCCGGUCUCCUGUCAAACCCACAUGUUUGCAUGCUACCGCAUAUGGGAACAUCGACUGUCGAGACCAAGACAAAGAUGGAGGAGUGCACUAUUUCAAAUGUGCGGUCGGGUAUUCUGACGGGAAGGCUGGUUACGCUGGUUCCGGAGCAGGCAAAGCUUAAUGGUGUUUCUUCUUGA